UCUUCAACAGUUUAUGUUUUGAAAUUUUAAGAUUUGUUUUUUGAAAAUUUUACAAAAUACUUUGAAAUAGUUUCUAAACUAUUUAACAUCUUAAAAACUUUUUUUAACAAUUUAUAAGUUUAGCCAAAACACAAUCUAAAGUCUUUUUUUAAUGUGUGUUAAACUAAAAUAUGGAAAGUUGGAGAAGUAACUAACUGUUCCAGGUUUGCUCUGAUUAUUGAAAAUAAAAGAUUGAUCCAACUUGUAAUAAGUAACUAAAAUUGGAUAUAUAGAGCUUCUUGUUUACCAAAAACAGGGCUGUCUGUAUAUUUGUAAUGUUUUGGUAAUAAUCAAACCAUCACCUCUCUCUCAAGAAAGCUCCAAAUUUAGCACACCAAAAAAAAACCAUGGAGAAGAUCAAUAAUACGAAUUUGUUGUAUCUCCUCGUUUACUUAUUGAUGAUCAAUUUAAAGAUUUUGUCGACGAAAAUGGCAGAGGCACAGAUACAUGUAAAAGUCGGGGUGGUGCUAGACAUGGAUGCUUAUGGAAUUAUGACAUUCAACUGCAUAUCAACGGCGCUCUCUGAUUUCUAUGCUACACACGAUCAUUAUAAGACGAGGCUUGAUCUCAUAAGUCGGGACUCCAAAGGCCACGUCAUCGGGGCUGCUGCAGCAGGUGUGGACCUAAUAAAGAAUGUAAAAGUGCAAGCCAUCAUAGGACCACUCUACUCAAUACAGGCCAACUUCCUCAUCUCUCUAGGAAACAAAUCUCAAGUCCCCAUCAUCACCUUCUCAGCCACAAGCCCUUCUCUCUCCUCCCUCCGCACCCCGUACUUUGUCCGUGCGACUCACAAAGACUCGUCCCAAGUGGGCCCCAUCGUGGCAAUCGUCAAAGCCUUUAAGUGGAGGGAGGUCGUCCCGAUCCACGAGGACAACGAGUUCGGAGAAGGCAUCCUGCCUUUCCUCACCGACGCACUGAAGCACGCCAACGUGCGUGUCCCGCACACGAGCGCCAUCGCCCAAUCAGCAACCGACGACGAGAUCACCGCUGAGCUGUACAAGCUGACAAGGAUGCAGACGAGGGUGUUCGUCGUCCACUUGCUCAAUCCACUUGCCUCCACCCUCUUCACCCUGGCGGCACGACUAGGGAUGAUGAGUGAAGACUACGCGUGGAUAGUAACAGACAGCGUCGCAAACGAUUUUAGCUCGAUGAACAUUUCCAUGUUAGAGUCCAUGUUAGGAGUAAUAGGAGUGAAGCCCCAUGUACGGCAGACCAGAAAGCUGGACGACUUUGCCCUUCGUUACGAGAAAAUGUUUCCUCGGGCGACGAAUUAUUACAGCCCCGACGUGUACGGUUUGUGGGCUUACGACUCAGCUACCGCACUCGCCAUGUCAGCAGAAAAUGCGGCAGGUUUGGGCAGCCUCACAGCAUAUCAAGAAACGAACACGUCUGGAAAUUCUACGGACCUUGAAGCGUUUGGAGUAUCAUUAAGUGGGCCGAAUCUGAUUCGGGCUUUAUCAAGCACCAACUUUACGGGCCUAGCCGGAGAGUUCCGAUUGGUGGAUGGUCAACUCCAAACGCCUCCUUACGAGAUAGUCAACAUAGUUGGUGGUGCUGGAAAUAGAACAAUAGGGUACUGGACGAAGGAAAACGGAAUAGUGGACGAACUCAACGUCACGAGUUCGAGUACAAAACUCGGAGCUGUUGUGUGGCCGGGAAAAGGGUCAUCUCCACCUAGAGGAUGGGUCGUUGGGAAGAAAUUGCGAGUAGGGGUGCCCGUAAAAGCCGGUUUCACUGAGUUCGUGAAUGUUACAUGGAAUUCGGAUAAUUCAUAUAAUGUGAAUGGGUACUGCAUAGAUGUUUUCCGUGAUGUCAUGGCAGCACUUCCGUAUAAUGUUUCGUACGAAUACAUUCCCUUUGCAACAUCCGAUCACAAGGCAGCUGGAAAUUACGAUGAUCUGGUCUAUCAAGUUUACCUCGGAAAAUAUGACGCUGUGGCUGGAGAUGUAACGAUUCUAGGAAAUAGGUCGCAGUACGUGGAUUUCACAGCGCCUUAUACAGAGACCGGUAUAUCGAUGGUUGUACCAAUCCAAGAUGAUAAGAGAAGAAACAAGUGGCUAUUUGUGAAGCCGCUGACGUGGCAGCUUUGGUUGGCAAUCUUUCUAUCCACCUUUUUGAUCGGGGGUUUGGUAAGCUAUUCCGCCAGUCUUACAUCCAUGAUGACUAUCCAGAAGCUGCAGCCGACCGUUACGGAUGUUAACGUGCUUGUAAGACACAAAUACAGAGUAGGCUACUCAAACACAUCUUUCAUUUUCGAAUUUCUGAAAAACAAAUUUGACGAGUCGCAACUUAUCUCGUUUGACACAUCGGAGCAAAUGGACGAGCUUCUCUCCAAAGGGAGUUCGAAUGGUGGAAUAGCUGCAGCCUUCCUUGAGAUCCCAUAUAUAAAGAUGUUUCUACGCAAACACUGUUCAAAGUACACGAUGGCCGGGCCCACGUAUAAGGCUGCUGGUUUCGGAUUCGUAUUCCCGAUAGAUUCACCACUAGUACCGGAUGUAUCGAGAGCGAUUCUGAAUGUGACGGAGGGAAAAGAAAAAGUACUAGAUAGGGAGACGAAGUCGGAAGGGAGUAAAACCGAAUGUUUGGAUGCUGAAAACGACUUAGUUCCACCGAAAAGUCUUGGCAUAUCGAGCUUUGAGGUGCUGUUUAUUAGUGUGGCAGCGGUUGGACUUGCGGCUGCCGUAGUGUAUUUGAUUCGACUGUUUUGUGGGCAUAAUCCGAAUGUCCUUGAUAACGAACCGAUUAUCGAGACAGAAAUACUCGAGUUACGUGAGCUACUAAAGGAUUUCGGGGAAAGAGAUUAGCAGCAAGAAUGUAAAUGAAAACUAGAUAACCACCCAGUUGGUGUAUUGAUUGAAGUUGUCCGAAUUCUGUUUGCCCUCAAGAGAAAGUUUUUAAAUUUUUUU